UGACUGCUUCCAAACCGACCUAAUUAAGACUUCAAAAUGUUUAAUCCCUUGAAAAUGAACUCCUGCAUCUCAAUCAAAACUGCCAAAAGCGAGAAACGGAAGGCUGAAAACUAUCCUCUUCACACAUUUCUUCUUCUCCAUAACAGUUUGGUGGCUCUCUUUGUUUUCCAGUUUCUUUCAUCAAUGUCCAACAUGAAGUUCGAUCGCAAGCCUCCACUAGCUAAAUCGCCGAUCCGGAUCCAACCCCGCAGUCUCCUCCGACCCAACACAAGCUCUGUACAAACUCCUCCAGGUUCAUUAACUAAAUCCCAAAAGCCAAAUCCUACAAGGGACAUGGAAGAAUCGAAUCUCCGUCCUGAGUACCAUAAUAUAUCAUGGGAGUUACGUGCUCUAGCGAGAAUGGUUAACGACGAAUUUGGAAAUGAAAAUUUAACUGGUGCUAGGAUGAAUAACAGAAUGAGUGGUAACUCGAGUCCCUUGUUUGAGAGAGGAAGGUUUUACGAGUUAUACUCAGCGCGGAGAAAUGAAAGACUGAAGAGAAAAAAAGGGGAGACAGGGGAAGAGGAAAAUAUUACAUAUGGUCUUGGGGUCACAGUUGAGUCAUCAAAGAAAAGAGAUUCAAAGAAGUUGGAAAAUUUGAGGAAAUCGGUUUCUGCUGCUUACUAUGUGGAGAGGAGUGAGAAUCCCAGGUACUCAUUGAGAAGCUUGAGCAAAGAGAACAAGAAGCCUCCUCUAGCUGUCAACUAUGAGAAAUCUGUGCGUGCAAGUGGAAGGAAAAUAGGAGGUCAAAGGGUCAGGAAAAUCUGAUUUUUUAUUUUUCUUUGGGAUUAGGAAAAACUAGAUUCAAUUUGCACUUGUGGGUUAAGUCGUUAAUGCUCUUUAUAUUUCAAGUUAUAAUGAAUGCUGAAACUCUAAUGAUCUCCAGUAACUAGGUUGCAUCCCGCUCGUGGUUUGUCACUUAUGAGAUCAUCAACUGAAUAUUGUAUUGAUUUUAUCCUGUUAACUUGGUUAGAAAAAAUGGAGUUUAGAAAUUGUAAUCUCCCAAAUCAAACAUAUAAUAUCCAUUGCAGACAGGUUUCAAAUUCCCUGAGAUUCUCACCCUUAUUUAACCCUCCAUUAAUUGCCCUUCCUUCACCCCAUCCAAAUAGCCCUAAAAGAAAAAAACAUUUUGAAUUUAUGUAUUUUAGCUUUUUCUUUUUGAUGAAAUCUUACUGCAGUCUAGAAUAUUAAUAUAUUAUUUUAUUGUGGUUAAGCCUCCUGUCUAAACCUUAAAAGUUGGGUUUAUCAGUUUCUUUCCAAAUCCUAUAACUGCAUUGCAAUGGAUCUACUGCUUAAGUUAUGACCGACACCUUCUUCAAAAUAGCACAAUUUUACCACUAAAACAUCAAAACUUUGAAUGAUGAAUACAAAUAUUGAUGAAAUUCAACUCACAACAUAUGCACAAGUUGGUUUGAGUGGUCAAUCACCAUACAACUAAUACUUAAAAUUACAUAUUGUAGCUUAUUUAAGAUUUUGGGAGGCCAUGUGGGUUGGCAGUAAGGUUGCUAGUCUUGACGAUGGUUGUUUUCGUUGAAACUUUAUGAUCUUUAGUGGUGCCACUUCAUCUUUACUGUCCCUAUAUUUGAUUUGAUUUUUGAUUCUUGGAUAUGGUCUCAAAGGGGCUGAAUUGGAUGAUUUAUAUUUUUUUACUGGAUUCAAA